UGUGUGUGCGUGCGUGUGUGUGCAUGGGUGUGAGCGUGUGUGCCUCUGUGGUUGUUUCCAUUUUUUUUUAAUCCGUAUUGGACCGUUACAUUUAAUGAUAAUCCGGCUUCAGAGAUAAUUUAAAGAAGUAUAGGGAGAAAAUUCGUUAUGACAUCUGUCACCAGCCAGAGCAACUCAUUACCACGUUAAAACAGUCCCAGCACGAAAACAGAACAAGACCCCUAAUAAUAUAAUGAAGCUGGGGGGGAAAUAAUCAAAUCGAGAGAAACGGGAAGAUGUGGCAAGGCUGGAACAUCGCCUUCCUCUAGGAACAUUUGAGGGGGACAAUGUGAAGGGAUUCCUUAGAAACCAGGGUCCCAAACACAAGAAGGAGGCAGCUAUCUAUCGAGAUAUGUAAUGCUGUAUAACACAAUGGCGAGCUUUUCCCCCCCGCUUCUGGGUGUUCCCGUGGAGUUAAAGCGCUUCGGUGUGAUGACUUUUUGUUUCACUCCCAGAUAGCAGAGACCGUGAUCAGUAUUUUUGGUUGUGGUUCCUUUUCUUUUUCUCUUCUUUUUUUUUUUUUUUUGUUUGUUGUUGUUGUAUUUCUGUGGGGUGGAUUCGUUUUGCUCGGCUGUACUCAGGCAGGUUUGGGUGUUUGUUUAUUAUUUUGAACAGACCUGCAUGACACCCGCCCAAGGGGUUGGGGAAGCGACCUUGGGGCGGCCUGGAGCUGGGCACCUUGAAUGGGGGGAAGCGAUGCAGGGUAGGGUGCUUGGCAGAGUGGCCCACGGAGUUUUAAAUGACAAACCUCCCGUUUUGGGGUCUCCUUUUCCCUUCUUCCUUUCAGAUACGUCAUGACGGAUCAAACAGCUAUCGUUUGAUGCAGCUUGGAUGUCUGGAGUCUGUGGCCAACUCAACUGUCGCCUAUUCGUCCUCUUCGCCUCUAACUUACUCCACCACCGGCACUGAGUUUGCUUCCCCGUAUUUCUCCACUAAUCACCAGUACACACCACUUCAUCACCAGUCCUUCCACUACGAGUUCCAGCACGGCCACCCGGCAGUCAACCCUGACGCUUACUCCUUGAAUUCCCUCCACCACUCGCAGCAAUAUUACCAGCAGAUCCACCAUGGGGAACCCACCGAUUUUAUUAACCUGCACAACGCCCGGGCUCUCAAAUCCUCUUGCUUGGACGAGCAGAGGAGAGAGCUGGGGUGUUUAGAUGCUUACCGGCGCCACGACCUGUCUCUUAUGAGCCAUGGGUCCCAAUAUGGGAUGCAUCCCGAUCAAAGACUCCUGCCAGGACCAAGCCUCGGGCUUGCAGCCUCGGGGACAGACGAUUUGCAGGGGUCGGUGGAGGCCCAAUGUGGGCUAGUACUGAACAGCCAAGGUGGGGUGAUAAGGAGAGGUGGUACCUGUGUUGUUAACCCCACAGAUCUUUUUUGCUCUGUACCUGGGCGCUUGUCUCUACUCAGCUCCACUUCUAAAUACAAAGUGACCAUUGCGGAGGUAAAGAGGCGCCUCUCUCCACCUGAAUGCCUCAAUGCUUCGCUCUUGGGAGGCAUUUUGAGAAGAGCAAAAUCCAAGAAUGGGGGGCGCUGUUUGCGAGAAAAAUUGGACAGACUGGGACUGAAUUUGCCUGCAGGAAGAAGGAAAGCAGCAAAUGUCACCCUUCUGACUUCGUUGGUUGAAGGGGAAGCCUUACAUUUGGCCAGGGAUUUUGGCUACACUUGCGAAACAGAGUUCCCAGCCAAGGCAGUAGGAGAACAUCUUGCCAGGCAGCAUAUGGAACAGAAAGAACAGACAGCGAGGAAAAAGAUGAUCCUAGCGACAAAACAAAUAUGUAAAGAAUUCCAGGACCUACUGAGUCAAGACAGAUCGCCCCUCGGAUCCUCAAGACCAACUCCAAUAUUAGACCUCGACAUCCAGAGACAUUUAACACACUUCAGUUUGAUCACUCACGGCUUUGGAACUCCUGCAAUAUGUGCUGCCCUAAGCACUUUCCAAACUGUUCUCAGUGAAAUGCUGAACUACUUGGAAAAACACACAUCGCACAAAAACGGAGGAGCAGCAGAAUCUGGCCAAGGACACGCCAACUUGGAGAAAACCCCCCUGAGGAAAACUUCAGAGGCUGCUGUGAAAGAGGGCAAAACAGAAAAGACGGACUAGCUACAUCAAACAGAAUCUAUUUCCAGAGAGUCUUGCUGCUGAUAUUUUUCUUUUUUAAAUAUAUAUAUCAUUGCGGGUGAUUGAUCUCCAGUGGACCAAAAAACAAAACAAAACAAACAAAAAAAACAAAAAAAAAAAGGGAGGGGAAAAAAGAAAAAGAUAAAAAAAAAAACCUCUGAGAAAAGCAGUGUACAGUAAAUUGUGUGAUGAAAUUGUCAUUUUUUUAUUUAUGUUGCUCUAAAUUAUUAUUUUGUGCACGUAGUGUUUGAUCGUUCCCAAUGAUACACGAACACUGUUUUUUAUAAGCACUUCCAGACUCAGAUGAGGUGGCACGCGUGAUUUGCCUGGGGCUCACUCGAAGCACUUCCUUAUCCGGCAGCAGAGUUAGGGAUGGGGCAAGCACCAGAGUCGUGGGAUAACACAGAGCUGGCAUUAUAACUUCGCCCAUGUGACGGAUAAAAUGGAAAGAGUGCCUCCUUUGCCCCACCAAGCUGGCCCAAUCAGCUGACCAUCAGAAGACAGUAUGGAAACUUGGAAAGGGGAAAGAGAAGAACCUUUAUGUCCUGGGAAGAGUGGACCACUCAAUAGUUGGGGUUCACAGCCCAGUGUGGGAAUUUAUGGUAAAUCUGCAUUGGAAUUAUGCCAAAGCAUGCCAGAGAACUGUCCUGAUUGUUCAAGAAGCAGCCCUGAUGCCUCUCAUGUGAAGGACAUCACAGUCUAAAAUGAAAGAGCCUUGAUAAUUUCAGCAAAAGCCCUAGUAACUGUAAUCAUUGGAGGUCAGAUUAAAUGAUAGGCUUCUGUCCCUUAUUCCUUAUCGGCCCCUAGUAUUGGCAGUUGAAUUCCAAAACUGCAGUCAACUAUAUCUGGAUCUGUAUUCAAAUCGAUUGAUGCAGGUGGUUGGAGAGGUCUUUUGUUUUGCUUUGAUUUUACGAUGAUUUUCUUUUCUUCAGUGGCUUGUUUCUGCAGCUUGAUUGUCUUUAGCAAUACAUCUGGGACUCAGGAGGUUCCAAAAACACCCACUCACAGAUCAGAGGCGGGCGGGGGGGGGGGGUGUUGUUUUGUUCUUUUAAAUCCCAAUUCAAAUAAAUGAUGUCUAGGGAUAGAUUGGUCUUGUCCACGGCAGCCAGAGAUUUAAAGGCCUUGCUUACGUAUUUCUAAAGCCUCACUUUACCACCUGCCACACUCAUCAUCUAAAAUGAAGCCAGCCAUAGCAUCCUCCAGGCUCAACUCACUUCAAGCCAAAAGUGUCUCCGGUCUGAUUCUACUUUGCCUUGUCUUGGGUUAGUUCCAUCCAGCCAAUUCAUGCCAGAGGAGUUUUAUUUCAUUAGCUUAUCACUUCUUUUUUCCAUCAUAUCUCUUUAUUGGGGAAGAAAAAAUACUGUUGCGCUUGCAAGAGUGCCUUGGCUGUAAGUAGAUAGGACAACCAAGCUGGGAUUACAAAAACUGGCCUUCAGGAAGAGUUGAAGUGUUGAAGGAAGUGAGUCAAUUGUGGCCCAGUCCUAUUCCCACUGAAGCCAGUGGGAGUUAUGCCAUUAAUUUCAUUGGGAGCAGGAUUCAUAAAUUUAUUGAGAGCUGAUUGAGCUUCAGGAAACCUACCAACUGUUAAGGAGUCACUACUGAGUCAAAUUUAGCCCUUUGCAGAAACAAGGAUUUUUUAUAUAAAAUCUAAGACCUGUGCAAAAGUUUCCCUGAGAUAUUUUUUUUAAAAAUUCCUGUGGAAACAGUUGUGAAAGAAAAACAUUUUCAUGCAAUGUUUGCAGCUCAGACAUGGCAGGAUUGCGUUAGAACAUGAGAAGCUUGAAAAUGAAAUUCACUAGCCACUGACUAUAAGCAAAACAGAAACUCAUUCAUUGAUUUUCAUUCCCAAGCUGAGAGAAAUACAAAAAAUAAUGAAAUAAAUAAGCAAAAAUAAACAAAAAGCAAAACCUUAAGAGGUGUUAAGUGACUUGUGCCCAACCCAACUCCCCCAAACUAUUGGGAGUUACAGGUGCUCAGUAUUUCUCGGGAUUUGGCCCCGGAUUUUUUUUAAGAUAACAGUAUCCCCCUAAUGUCAAUUUCCUUUUUAAAAAUAUCUUCAGAUUUACCACAUUAUGAAAGUAUAAUGAAAUUCAGCUGACAAAUAAAAAGAGGCACAUUCCCUAGCUCCAAAAAAACUUGAAUAAAUCAAUAUUAGAACUCCUGGGGGUAGGGGUGGGAAACAAGGGGAAAAAAUAACAUUUUUGCAAUUUUUUUCAUCAAAGUUUUGAAUUAUGACCAUUUUUGACAAGCUGUACAGCUUGUUCUAUAAAAUGGUGUGUGUGUGGGAGAGAGACUACAAAUACAUUCUCAAUUUUUUCCCCAUUAUUUUCCAAUGACAUUACAAAUUUUGAAAUACUUUCUACAAAGGCACCAAAGUAUCUGUGGUCAUGAAUUCUGCCCAGACAUUGCACUCAAUUAUAAAAUUGAUCAAAUAUCUGAGCCAAGAAAUAAUGCUUACAUGACCCUAUUUCAAGAAACAUGGUGUUCAAUAUAAAUUCUAAUGUCUCUACAAUCUUUACUCUUAAAAUACUUACAUUUUCUGUUGGAGCUAUGGAGGACAUUAUUUGUAUCUUGGGUUACUGUUCUACCCACUUAACAUUAAUAGAAAUUGUGUGCUGUUUAAGCCCCGGCAUCCCACACUUAUGCCCUAUUGUCCACUAGAAGUUCUUAGAAAGGAAUCACUUAAGGCCUGAUCCAAAAUGGUUUCAAGUCAAUGAGAUUCUUUUCAUUUGUGGUCUUUCUUAUAGCUCAGCUCAUACUCCUAUUUCUCUUCUUUGCUCCCCUGAAACCCUUUGAAUGCAAAACACUUCAAAAGGCUGUUUGGGAACCUAAUUGAAGCUCAUGUAUUCUCUGUGUUUGCUUGUUUGUUCUCAGUCUUUUCAAUGGAUUUAUUUACUUUCUUUGGAGGGGAAAAUAUUUGUAAGUUCUGUUUAAAUGGCUGGAAUUUUCAAAGACAUUGAGAGAAUUAGAUGCCAAAAUACCUUUGGAAUUCAAUGGGAUUUGAGCAACUAACUCCCUUAGGAUCCUUGAAAAUCCCAGGCUAAAUUCUUAUCCACCCUACCUACACAUGCACACAAACAUGUCCCCUCCUUUUCCUUUCUCAGGCCUUAUCUAUACAGAAAAGUUGCACCAAUGUAAUUGAACUGAUUUAAAAUCAGGCUAGUUACACCAGUGCAAACCCCUAAUAUAGAUGCACUGAAAUGGUUUUAAAACUUGCUUAUGUCAGUUUAGCUUUUUGAGGGUUACCACUUAGAUUUCAAGCUUGCUAUCAAUGGAAAGCAUGCCAAUCCCAAUUAAUGAAUUAGAUCAGCCUGAAUGAUGGGCAAUGGCUUGAAGUUAGAUUCAAAGAAGUAUCCAGAAUGGUGGGUAUUUAUCCAAAGUAUAUGCAAAUAUAUGUGUACAUUUCUGAUCUAGAAAUUAGGCCUGGAACAAGCUCUCUGAUGACAUAUCCACGAAUUCCUCACUCUACUCAGGUUAGAAACAUCUUUCCCAUGGCUGAAAUCCAAGGCAAAAAAAAUGAACCACAGUUUUUUUUUAACCCCCCAGGAUAGAGCUGUGGCUCAAGUUUUGUGUGAAUGUUUGGAUCAGGUCUUAUUUAAUUGAACCAGGCCACCCAGCCUUUGACAUUUCUGCAGCUCAGUUAGCACCUGCUCUCACUGACAACACUAUUAAGAAUGCUUUGCACUUAUACGGCAUCUUCCAUCCAAGGUGCUCUAUAAAGCUUUAUUAAGUAAGCCUCAGAAACCCCAAGAAGUGGUAAGUAAAUGAGUAUAAUUCUCCUUUUGACACAGAGAUUAAGGGCCAGAUAUUGCUACUCUUACUUUGGUUCAGUAGCAGCUUAAUCUAUGAGUAGUCCCACUGACUAAUAGUGAUGACCUUACUGACGGAAUUAGGGUAUUAUUCAUUGGGAGCAAGGGGAUCCAAACCUGGCCCUAAAUCACUUGCCCAAGGUCAGCCAGUAAAUCAGUGGCAGAACUGAGAAUAAAACCCUGUAGUCCACACUUUCAGCCCUUGCUCUAAACACUAGACCUGAGUGUUCUCAUGUAGCACCCCAUAAUGUUAUUAAGAGCUACAAAUGCACAUUAAGGAGAGAGUAACGUAUGCCCUUUACACAGCAGGUAGAGAGAGAAUUAGUGGAAUUCCUACACACUUGUUGCAGUGAGUGAGCCCAGCAGAUGAAUGGUCAUGACUCUACCAGUUAAAGUUCAAAGAUGCAGAGAAACUUGUUCUUGAUGUUGGAAUGCUAGCAAGCAGAUUGCUGCAGCUUUAGUACCUACCUCCUUGCAGGUGUCACUCCAUUGUUUUGAUGGAGUGACACCAAGAAUGAAUUUGGCCCCUAGCUUUCCCCCCUUCUCCAAAUAUCCAUUAGGAAAAGACAGUCAGCUCUCCAAACCCGACAAGGCAUCCGUUCUUUGAAGAUUCUAGUCCAUUUUUUGCUAAAAGAUAUGGCAACCAGACAAUGUAUAGUCCUCCCAAAUCAUAGGCUUUUGUGUAAAUAUUGUCCCUGCUUGUCUCUUCCUUUUGAAAUUGACUCACUGGCACAGCUGACACUUGACCAAGGAAAUGGCAUUUUUAUUUCCUGAUAGUUCGUUGUCUCUGAAUGCUUUUUCUAAUCACGUUAGACUUUUUUUGGUCUUACAAAUCAUCAAUCCAAAAGGGCUGAUGAUUAAUUCCCUGAGAAUCUGACUUUCUUUUAUCCUUCAGAGAGGCAACUCGGCUGCUCUAAUUAUUUACUUUAAAGGAAGAGAAAAAAACAGUAUUAAUAGACGAUCCAACCUUGCAACACAAAGGAAAAUCAAUGACAAUAAUUAUACGGGACUGUAAUUAUAAUCAUAUCCUCUCUUCUGCCCCCAUUACAGAUUCUACAAGACUCAAAAUAUAGUUGAUUGGGAGGGAGAAGAAUAUUAUUUCAGUUUUCUUUGCCAAGUGAAGGUCACAUUGAAAGAACCGACCUUUUUUAUUGCUGUUAUUUUUUAAAAUUUUAUUUAAUUUGUAUGAUGAACUUCAUUCUGUACAGCAGCUGUUGUGAUUGUAUUAAAUGUGACUGUGCACUUGGUCACAAACAAGCAAUGUCCUAUUUAUUGUUAGGGGAUUAGGUUUUAGUUUUCUCCUUCAAUUUAAUUUUAUUUUAUUUAUAAUUCAGUGGUAAAGAACAUAAUCUUUUAUAUUUCUAUUUCCUAUAUGACCUAUCCGUUUUACAUGAGUCUCUUUAGAUAACAACCACAUUCAACAGAACAUAUCACGGCAAUAAAAUCUAUGUUGAUUUAA